AUGGGAUCACAACCAAGACCCUACACAUUGCUGAACUCGCUAGGCCCAUCACGUGGCACCCGACGUGCCACGAUGGCCGCCAUGCCUCUCGCACGACUGCCUGCGGCGCAUUUCUCGCGCGCACCGAUUCGUCUGCUCGUCGUCGUGUCGCUUCUCUUGGCUUUCAGCUUCCACCCGGCUGGUGCCGGCAUUCCUGCGGCCACGCAACUCGCUUCGGUCGCGGAGCCUUUAGCUUCUACGCACUCCGUUAUUGUCACGCAACCCGUUCUUGUCACGCAACCUGUUACUGUCACGCGACCCAGCAGCCGGCAUCGCUUGUUCUUGCGCGUAGGCCCCAGUGAUAAAGAUGAAGGUGACUACAGUGAAGGCGAUUCUGCUUCCCCUGAAACUGAGGGCGGGGAUGGCACGGAUUAUUUUUCGACGGAUGCCGCUGCGUCCACAGCAGCGGAUUUCGAACCUCUCAACUUCGAACCUCUCAACCUUGAUUCCGGCGACAGCACUCAACCGUGGAGCGACAACAGCGACGGCAGCGACGGGAGCGGCGACGGCAGCAGCGACGGCGGCAUCAGCGGCAGCCGGCUGGGCGACGGCGACGGCGACGGCGACGAGAUGGACGACUUUCCGCACUACGCCGUCUUCGGUUUCUUCGCGCUCUGCGCCACGCUCGUGCUGCUCCUUCCGCUCGCGCUCCGCCAGGUGCUCGCCAGCUCCGCGCACCUGGCGGCGGCCACCGCGCGCGACUACUCGGAGGCGUGCGCGGAGGCGCUGAACCACGCGCUCGUCGCGUACACGGCGGCGCAAGUGGCGCUCUUCACGGCGCUCUUCCUCCCGCCCGCGCUCGUCUUCGACGCCCUCGCGCUGCUCCGCAACGCCUGCCGCCCCCGCCGCGCGGGCCACCUCAGCUACUUCAUCCCUCCCUUUUUCCGCGCAUUCGUCCGCCCGUGGCUCGCGCUGUUGUGCGGCGGGGUUCCCCGGGCCGUGGGGGGCGAAGGGGGAGGGGACGGAGAGAAUGGGGAAGGGGGGGAGGGGGAAGGGGCGGAGGAAGGGAUGGUGUUCCUGGGGCCAAUGACGGCGGAGGAGCUGGCGGCGCUGCCGCAGGUGGUGUACGGUGGGGAGGGGUGCGGCGGAGACCAAUGGCAGCAACAGGAACAGCAAGAGCAGAAGGAGGAGGAGGAGGGCGGGGUGGAUUGUGUGACUGAUUGUACAGAUGGUGAUUGUACAGAGGGGCUAAUUAAGAGGAGGCUCCCAGGUGGGCCUGUAGGGUCUUCAAGCGAGGGCGGAGAUAGACGACUCGCGCUGGGAGCAGCCGCGGAGAGAGGUGCAGCGGAGGGGGGAGCGGGGAACGUGGUUCGCGCGGGGGAGGAGGGUGAAGGCGGUGGGUCGAGCGGUGAGGAGGGAGCAGAAGUAGCCCUGGAAGGAGGCGAGGGGGAAGAGCAGCAGCCGUUAGUGGCUGCUGCAGCAGCGGCGGUGCCUGUAGGGGCUGCCGCAAGGGCUGGGACGGCAGGAGGGGGAGCAGGGCGUGGAGGAUUAGGGCGAAAGGUUGUGAGAACAGAAAGUGGGGAGGAAGACCCGUGCACCAUCUGCUUCGAUGGCUUUAAGAGCGGCGACCAGCUGAGAAUACUGCCGUGCCAACACAGGUUCCACACGGCAUGCAUCGACGAGUGGCUCAUGAAGAAGCCCCUCUGUCCGCUCUGCAAGCGCUGUGCCCGCCCACCGCCGCCUGCAAUCAUGAGGACGCACCGCAUGUUCCUCUGGCUGCUCUCGCACACCGCCGCGUGGGACUUCUCUCAAGCAGGCGGGCUCAUGGGCAUGCUGUGGAUGGCCACUCUGCUGCUCUAUGUCAUGCAUGUGGGGUCGGAUUAG